UUAUUAAAACUCAUCUACAAAUUCAAUUUCUUUUCUUCAAACAAAUUGAAACUCAUUCAUUCAUUCCAUCAUGGUUGAUGAAGUGAAGAUCAUAGAACAAUGUCAAGUGAGUCCUCCACAAGGUUCACUUCCAUCUUCAAUCAAUCUUCCAUUAACUCACCUUGACCUCUUUUGGUUUUAUUGUCCCCUUGUCAAAAGAAUUUUCUAUUACAACUUUCCUCAUUCGACACAACACUUCCUUCAAACCUCACUCCCAAUUCUUAAAAAAUCUCUUUCCCUCACUCUCCAACAUUUCUUCCCAUUUUGUUCCAAAUCCAUUUUACCUCCUAAGCCUCAAACUCCUCACAUUCUCUACACUCAAGGUGACUCCCUCUCAUUAACAAUAUGUGAAUCCAAUUCAAAUUUCAACAACCUCAUAUCUAAUUCACCAAAAGAUCUCACACUUGCCUACCCUUUUGUUCCUUUGACUUCUCCACCAACUACUUUACAAGAUGGCACAUUGUUGUUUCCAACAAUGGCAAUUCAAAUCACUAUUUUUCCAAACUUUGGAUUCACACUUUGUUUCUCUUUUAGACAUGAAAUUGUUGAUGGUAAAUCAUUUCAUCAUUUCAUUAAAUUUUGGUCCUCACUAUCUAAAGGAAACUUAGAAAUUUCCUCUCUUCCAUUACCAUUUCACAAAAGGGAAAUAAUCCAAGACCCUAAAGGUCUUAAACAAAACCACUUAGAAAAACUUUGGAAUUCUCCACCAAAAACAAUAGAAUCUACUAUCUCCACCCAUGACCAUGUUUCUUCAAGAAACAAUUUGGUUCGUUAUAGAUUUAAUUUGACACGUCAUCAUGUUGAUAAUUUGAAGAAAUGGGUGGUUACAAAAAGCCAAAAUAUUGGUCUUGAAAUGUUGCAUUUGUCAACCUUUGUUGUUACAUGUUCUUUGUUAUGGGUUAGUAUGGUAAAAUUAAAAUCACAAGACAAGAAAAACAUCAUCGUUGAUUGUGUUGCAGAUGAGGUAACAAAUAAUUCAACUUUGGAGAAUGAUUUGGAGGAUAACUAUGGAUUUAAAUGUCUAAUGGAUAUGCGUAACCGUUUUGAACUUUCAAUUCCUUCCACAUAUUUUGGAAAUUGUUUGAUGCCAUUGGAGGCAAAACUACCAAAAUGGAAGCUAUUGGAAGAGAAUGGUAUAUGUGAAGCAGCAAAUGUUAUUGCAAGAGAAAUUAGUUUGGCAAACCCUUCAAAAGAAGCUAAAAAGUUUGAUGUAAAGUCACAAAAUAUUACUCGUGCUAUAGGGUCACCAAAAUUUGGUGUGUAUGAAACAAACUUUGGAUGGGGGAACCCUAUUUUGAGUGAAAUACUACAUGUGAAUGAUUCAAGUGAAUUACUUCUUUCUGAUUCUAAGGAUGGAGAUGGUGGUAUUGAAGUUUCUAUGGUGUUAGAAGAAGCUCAAGUGAAGAAAUUUAGUGACAUCUUAGAAGUGGAACUUAGAGACAUUGUAGUUUUUGAAUGAAAUUAUUUUAUGGUUAAUUGUCAUUGUUGUUCUUCUUCUUUUCUCAAUAUUAUUAGUUCAUUGUUGUUUUUGUGUUACUAUUACUUGUAAAACCUUCUAUUUGUUUA